AAGUUUAAAAGUUUAAGGCCCAAACUAUCGAUAUCUGUCAUAUACUAAGUUUCCCUUCAGUUAAUAUAUAAUUAAAAUUGUUUAUGAACUUUUUUAGAGAUUUAUCACUUCGCCUUUUUUUUACCCAGCUGGGCAGGAUAUCAGCUAGCUAGCAUCAGCAGCUACUAGCUAUGGCUGCUGUAAUCCUGAGUUUCCCAACUCUGCAGGGUCUGAGGAUAUUCACACAAAAACUGUCAUGGACCAAAAGAGGCGUGAGGCUUGUGUCAGGAGGGGUGGGGAGGAUAGAGAAGGUGUUGAUUGCCAACCGUGGAGAGAUUGCAUGUCGUGUGAUGCGCACGGCCAAGAAGAUGGGUGUCCGCUCUGUGGCUGUGUACAGUGAUGCAGACAGAGACUCCAUGCAUGUGGCCAUGGCGGAUGAAGCGUAUCACAUCGGCCCCCCAGCUUCACAGCAGAGUUACCUCUCCAUGGAGAAGGUUUUGGAAGUGGCAAAAAGCUCUGGAUCACACGCGGUCCAUCCUGGUUAUGGCUUUCUAUCAGAGAACACAGAGUUUGCAGAGGCAUGUAAAGAAGCUGGCAUCAUCUUCAUCGGACCACCUUCCUCUGCCAUCCGAGACAUGGGCAUUAAAAGCACAUCCAAACACAUCAUGUCAGCUGCUGGAGUUCCAAUCAUUGGUGGUUACCAUGGAGAGGACCAAUCAAAUGAGAGACUGCAGGCAGAGGCUGCCAAGAUAGGAUUCCCUGUGAUGAUUAAAGCCGUCCGUGGAGGAGGAGGAAAGGGGAUGCGUAUCGCCCGGACAGACUCGGACUUCUUGGAGCAGUUGGAAUCAGCGAGAAGAGAAGCCAGGAAGUCCUUUAACGAUGACGUCAUGCUGGUUGAGAAGUUUGUUGAGGAUCCGAGACACGUGGAGGUCCAGGUGUUCGGGGACAUGCACGGUAACGCUGUCUAUCUGUUUGAGAGAGACUGCAGUGUCCAAAGAAGACAUCAGAAGAUCAUAGAGGAAGCACCAGGGCCUGAUAUCAGCGCUGAGGUUCGGAGGAAACUUGGAGAGGCAGCAGUCACAGCAGCCAAGGCUGUGAACUACGUGGGAGCAGGUACGGUGGAGUUCAUAAUGGACGCUCAGCACAACUUUUACUUCAUGGAGAUGAACACACGGCUCCAGGUGGAACAUCCUGUCUCUGAGAUGAUCACAGGAACCGACCUGGUAGAAUGGCAGCUCAGGGUGGCAGCAGGGGAGCGUCUUCCCCUCCUCCAGGAUGACAUCAUACUAAGUGGACACUCAUUUGAGGCUCGAAUCUAUGCUGAGGACCCCAACAACGACUUCCUGCCCGGAGCGGGGCCUCUGCUGCACCUCUCCACCCCUCCAGCUGACCACAACACACGCAUAGAGACUGGAGUCAGAGAAGGUGACGAGGUGUCGGCACAUUAUGACCCUAUGAUUGCCAAGCUGGUGGUGUGGGGAGAAGACCGAUCUGCUGCCUUGAAGAAGCUGCGGUACUGCUUACGACAGUACAAUAUCGUGGGACUGAACACUAACAUUGACUUCUUGCUGAGUCUGUCGGGUCACCCCGAGUUUGAGGCAGGAAACGUGACCACCAGCUUCAUCCCUCAGUACUACGCCGACCUCUUCCCCACCCCGAGAGCUCCUUCUGGGGAAACCAUCUGCCAGGCAGCCCUGGGCCUGGUGCUGCAGGAGAGGAAACACACCCAGGAGUUCUUGCAGACAUCCACAGACCCCUUCUCCCCGUUUGGCUCCAGCAACGGCUGGAGGAGCAACAUUCAGUUUCACCGAAACAUGACACUGCAGGUGGGAGACAAAAAGGUGGACGUGGCCAUCGUUUACAACAAAGAUGGAAGCUACACGAUGAAGAUCGGAGAGGAGGCGCAUCAUGUGACCGGUGAGGUGGAGGAGGAAGCUGGAGCAUCAUUUCUGCACUGUUCAAUCAAUGGAGUGAAGUCUCGUCCCAAACUGGUGAUCCUGGACAACACGGUGCACCUGUUCUCCAUGGAGGGAAGCGCUGAACUGUCUGUUCCUGUGCCCAAAUAUCUGGCUGGUGUGAGCGGCUCUGGAGCUCAGGGAGGAGCUGUGGCGCCCAUGACAGGAACCAUCGAGAAGGUGCUGGUGAAAGCCGGAGACAAAGUGGCCGUAGGAGACCCUCUGAUGGUCAUGAUCGCCAUGAAGAUGGAGCACACCAUCCGGGCGCCCAAGUCUGGUGUGAUCAAGAAGGUUUUCUUCACCGAGGGCUCUCAGGCCAACCGCCAUGCUGCUCUGGUUGAACUGGAAGAGGAGGUCGAGGAGGAGGGGGAGGGGGCCCAGUAAAGUACAGACACACAGAAACACAGAUAAAUACACACACUGACAGGUAGGAGAGAAAUGACUCUAGUUACUGUGGCAUCUGGAGGGACAGUAGAAGUUGGUGUUCGGCACUUGACUGAUAUUAUUAAAUAUGUAGAGUCCACAUGAGCCGGACAUACAGAGACCGUAGUCCUUGUCAUAGCGGUCUCUGGUUCAACUCCCAGCCACAACCCUUGGCUGCAUGACUUCCUUCACUCUCUACUCUUCACAUUUCUUGUCUCUUCUCAUCUGUCCUUUAAACAAAGGCAAAAAUGCUCAAAAGAUAACUUUAAAAAAUAAAUAACAGAGAACCGUUCCCCCUGGGACCUGAGCAGCAUUCAGAAAGGUCAAACACAGGAGCAGUGACCUGAGUUUUAUUGGGUUUGUGGGGAGUGAAAAGGCUCCUGCAGCAUAAAUCUGUAAUGUACAGUUGCCUUUGAUGGAUCAAAUCAUUGCCUUUAUGUUGAUUGUAGAAGUCUAGUUUGUUUCUGCUUUUCUCUCUGGUGUGUUUUUUCUUGUUUUGACUCUUUCUUGUUUUGGUUUCUGUCCAUAGUUUCUGUGAACACACUGUGUCCUUUUUUCUUCAAACAGCGACAAAGCUGAAAAUUAAAGUUCAUAUGCACACCUGAGGCGAAAGUAAUAAUAAUUAAAUUGUAUGAUAAAAAACGAACAGCUCUUGGAGUACGAUAUAUAUGAUGGUUACUGAUGACCGCAGGGGAAAACUUCACACUUCCAUGAUCUUUGCUAAACCAUGAACCUACCAUCACUGUCUGUUGAUAACCAUGAAGCUCAAACUGUGGCAUUACUACAAACCUGUUUGACUCACGUUGUUGAGAAGGUUCAGAAAUCAGUUCUAGCGCUUGUAAAUAUCAUCCGACCUUUCUUUAUUUAAAACACAUUUUCUCUGAGCUCAAAGUCAGACGGUUACUCUCUAACAUGCCAGUUUAAAGCUACAUGGCUUUCAUUGGACAGUGAUUUAAAAAGAAAAUAUUAUACAUUUCAUUUUCUCUGAGGAAAGUAUUUGUUUUGGGGUUUGUUGGUGUUAAUCUGUCCUCAUGGCUGACUCCAACCUCUACAGUUUACGCCUGCUGAGUUGAGCUCUGCCCUAAAAAACAGAGGUGUGCUGCUGAGGAUGAUUAUAAAUUGUAAUAUUGCACUGAAGAGAGGGAGGGACUAAAAACACUCCAGAUUUAUGAAAUAAUUCCCAACUUUUAUGAAUGGAUCAGGCUAUGAUUUGAAAAGAAAGACUCAAAAGAUGGAAUAUCAGUGAAAGACAGACUGCUGAGUCCAAGAGUUUGAACUCACGUAGGACGUGUGGACUCUGUGUGUUUCUGCUGAUCACGCUCUUUGUAUUAACCGUGUGUUAUGAGGCCUUGUAGACUAAAACUGAUCAAACCUGUGUUCAUUUUGUAGAUGUGUUACGGAUGAUUUUUCUCUUGUUUUGUAAUAAAUUUGAAGUAGACUGGUCAAAAAAUGUAAUAAAGUGUUUUAAAGUACA